AUGUCUUCUCCAACGUCUGGCACUGUUGACAUGCGCAGAUCUAUCGAUACGCUCAUACGAGAAAUCAUUUGUUGGACAUCGUCUCGCACCGAACUGUUGCGGAAGACCCCCUCGACAGACGACACGUACACAUCGACUCUGCCAUGUGCCCUCGCCACGUUCGACAGACACGACCGCAACUCUGGCCACGAUCCGAGAUCGGCCAUUUGCACAAACACUCCGACGGACACGGACUCGGCCGUCGAGUCGGCCAGAGGCACCAUCAGCGCAGGUAUGUCCGGAGAUAGCGCAGCAACCGCGUGCCCGCGGUGCACAGGAUGGCGGCCGCGGCCGGCCACUGCGCGCGCCACAGCCCAGGCGCGCGGCUGGAAGCCAUGGCCGCACGCGCUGCACGCGGAGAGGGGCGACAACAAGACAGAGGAAAGACGGAGAGGACGGCGCGGAGGCGAGGGGCCAGCCUCCAGCCCAGCGACCCGGACCUGA